AUUUUGGAGGCAAAGUUAUCAGCGCCGAAGUGCGAGUCCUCCACAGCGGAACCGGGACUACUGGGCUGCCUCGAAGCCGCGGAUCGGAUACGCUCGCGGCGCGCGGGGCGGUGACGGGAAGAGGAGUUUUAUUCGCACAUCUGAAAUGCGCUCCGGUGCGCCGUGCGCUCUCCGCCACUGACAGCGUCUGCAGCCUGCUUCAAGAUGGCGGCUCGGCUCCUAUUCAUUUUCUGCUGAUCGCCUCCCAACUUUCAUUGUCUAUUCGCGUCGAGACCCGCCGAUUCCCAGCGCAGCAUCCAGGCAGGAUUCUCAACAUGCAUCGGACGACAAGGAUCAAGAUUACCGAGCUCAAUCCGCACCUCAUGUGCGUCCUGUGCGGAGGGUAUUUCAUCGACGCAACGACCAUCAUCGAAUGCCUUCACUCGUUUUGCAAGAUGUGCAUUGUGCGCUACCUGGAAGCCAGCAAAUACUGUCCCAUCUGUGAUGUGCAAGUGCAUAAAACGAAGCCUUUGCUCAACAUUAGGUCUGACAAAACUCUACAGGACAUUGUGUACAAGCUGGUCCCCGGCCUCUUCAAAAGUGAAAUGAAGCGGAGGAGAGACUUUUAUGCGGAGCACCCUGUAGAUGCCUCCAAUGGAUCAAAUGAGGAUCGCGGAGAGGUGGCAGACGAGGACAAGAGGAUUAUUACGGAUGAUGAGAUCAUCAGCCUCUCUAUCGAGUUCUUUGACCACUGCAGACUGGAGGGUUCAAUGGAGGAAAAGCAGCCAAAAGAUCAGAACAUGGUGGCUAACAAAAGGUACCUGCAGUGUCCAGCAGCAAUGACCAUCAUGCAUCUGAGGAAGUUUCUGCGAAGCAAAAUGGACAUCCCAAAUGCCUACCAGGUUGAAGUCAUGUAUGAAGAAGAACCGCUGAAAGAUUACUACACUUUAAUGGAUAUAGCGUAUAUCUACACUUGGAGAAGAAACGGCCCGUUGCCUCUCAAGUACCGAGUCCGACCCAACUGUAAGAAGAUGAAGGUGAGCCACGCGCAGCAGGAGGGCCACAGCCACGCCAGCAGGUCCGGCCCCGAGAGCGACUCGGCCAGCGACAAAGCCGGAAGUCCCGCCGGGGCUCCGUCCACGUCCUCGUCGCUGCCGAGCCCCGGGACGCCCGCAAGGUCCCCGCACCCCCAACUCCCGCACGGCCCCGUUAACGGGACACCGGCCGUCGCCGCCGCCACCGCCUCCUCCUCCUCCACCGCCGCCACCACCCCCCACACGACCACCACCACCACCGCGCCCCCUCCGACCCUCACUCAGUUCGGCGGCGGCGGCAGCAGCAGCAGCAAGGCGCGGAAGGUCUCACUGAACGGCUCGUCGACGUCUUCCGGAUGACGCGGGAACCCCGGAGCCGAGCGGCCAAACGCGUUCCACCGUGUAGACGACGUUCUCUCCGUUUCUCUCUCGCGCUCCAUUCGUUGUUCCAAAUAUUAUGGCGUCAUAUGUACGUUUAAACGCAGUGGAAUCGGAGACAUUUCAAAAGGAACGAGGAGGUGUGGGGGGUGGCUGGGGAUUGUUUUGUUGAUAGAAUAUGAAGGGAGAUGUUGAUGUUGACGUAUAAGGAAAGCAAAGCAAGUUGGAAAAGGGAAGGACAAGCAUUUAUCCCAUUUUAAAGCUACAUCUUUAUUUUACAUAAGUGACUGAAGAUAUACUUCUUCAUUCUUUCAGAUUCAACGUGUUUAUCAUGAAAUAUUUCAUGUGUGUUGGGAUAUUUUGAAAGGCUCUCUGUUCAAUCAUGCAUGCUCAUGAUAACACUUUUUUUUUGUAUAAAAGAAAAUUCUGCGUGUUUCCCUCGGAAGUCUCGUUUCGCCUUUUUUGUUUAGGUGUUUCAGACAUCGAUCACGUCCCAACAAAGGGGAUAUGUACGUUUGUAUGGCGCUGGAAAACAUGAAGGGGGAAAAAAUGUAAUUGCCUUUUACUGAGAAAAAAGAAACGAGUUUCUUGUAGCUGCAGUGGAAUCGGAUUUCUUAGCCAAGACGUCCUCAACGCGUUUUAAGCCGUUUUAGAGAAUCCACGUGUAAAUAUAAACAAAAUGCAUAUUUAAUCAGCGAUUGUGUUAUUCUCUUAUUCCCCUUUUUUUCGUUGUGAGGGGAAUGACUCGGGCUGCUGUUUAGCUCCAUGCUCAAGGGAAGAUGUUUUGAUGUUUUCCGUAUUUGUAUCGCUCGAUUGUAUGGACAACCUAUUGUAUCGUUACUGUUGCACAGUAUAAAACAUCUAAAUAAAACAUUUUACACUUA